AUGCAACUGUUUCUUGAGGAGUUCGUGAAUGAGGUGAACAGCACAGGGGUUGUGAAGUGGACUCACAAAGGCAACAUUUAUGUAUCAAAGCCUUAUGUAUUGUGUUUCUCUGUUGAUGCACCUGCAAGGGCAUCUGUGCAGAACAUGGUGACCUUCAAUGGAUAUUUUGGUUGCACAUGGUGCCUGAAUCCAGGAGAGCACAGGGAAGGGAGCAUGCGGUACACAAUGGUGUCUCCAAUGGAACAGAGAACUUCAGACCGUGUCAAGAGUGAGAUGCAUCUGGCAAGCAGGCUUAAAGACACCAUCAAUGGCUUAAAGGGACCGUCAGCCUUGAUGAACUUGAAAGGUCUGGACCUUGUCAACGGAUACAGCGUUGAGUAUAUGCACUGUGUCCUACAAGGUGUUUCAAAGCAGCUGACAGAAACAAUUCUAUCAAGUUCAAACUCUGAUCAGCGUUUCUAUUCUGGUGCACCAUCAGCACUUUCCCGAAUAGAUGCACGGCUGCUGUCCAUCAAGCCACCUCACUGCAUCACACGACUGCCACGGUCCGUUCAAGAAAGAUGCCAUUGGAAGGCAUCUGAAUGGAGACACUGGCUCCUCUUCUAUGCUUUGCCUUGCCUUAAUGACAUUCUUCAUCAAGAGUACUGGAGGCACCUCUCCAAGCUUUGCGAGGGUAUAUAUAUCCUGCUUCAAGAGGAACUCACCAUUCUUGAAAUUGACAAAGCUGGUAAGAUUCUAAAACAAGUGCCAGUGCAUGCGUACAAGCCAACUUGCAAUGACAGCUCCGUUUGCUACCAGCCAAGUGGCAACGUCUUGGUCGCUUGCUGA